UCCGCUCGAGAACUUCCGACAGCGACGCCGCAUCAUCCCCACCAUCACCACCGUCGUCUUCGCUCUUCCAUCUCGUCUCCGAAUCUCGACGCAUCGGAUCGGUCGGUCCGCUUUCUUUCGAGGGUACUUCCGGUCUCGGCUUUGCAAGGGGGUGAUCAGCAACGGCAUCGUUCGAGCCCGUCGUUCGGAGGAUUGGUUUGUUGGGUUCGCGGGUGUUCGAGUUGAACGAACUCUCUGCGAGGUGCAAAAAUCGAUGUGAGUGUCUUCGCGAAUCUCCAAUUUCAUCUGCUCUUGCGACGUUUGCAGCGCAUUCGAUUGUGGGUCGUGGCGCUCUGGCUCUAAGACUCUGCUUCCUGUGUAAGGGUUGUAUGAGUUCAAGGGAAUUGCCGCAGGAACCUAUAAUUCCGGGAUUGCCAGAUGAUCUGGCCUUGAGAUGUUUGGCCAGAGUGUCUCAUGGGUUCCACGGGGUCCUAGAAACAGUCUCGAAGAAGUGGAGAGAAGUUAUGCGAGGCACGGAAUAUGCCAACUUCAAGACUAGGGAAGGCUGGUCCGGGGAUUGGUUAUUCGUUCUCACUGAGGGCUCUGAGGACCAGUGGAUUGCUUAUGAUCCGGAAGCUGAUAGAUGGCAUCCCAUACCGAAGAUGCCAAGAACGCAUCCCGACUGGAAGCACACGGGCUUUUCAUGUGUUUGUGCUGGUGACAGAUUUCUUGUCAUUGGUGGGGCUUAUGCACCAAGUGACCCAUGGUUACCUCAUGAGAAGCCCAUCAUAACUAAUGAGGUCUACCAGUUUGACCCUUUCAGAAAAGAAUGGACUGCGGUGUCAAGUAUGCAAACGCCACGUUCACACUUUGCGUGUUGCGUCAUCUCUGGAAAGGUGUAUGUAGCUGGGGGCCACAAUCUUCAUUGCCCGAGAGGCCUCACUCUUGCUGAAUGUUACGAUCCAUUGUCAAACGGAUGGGAAGAACUACCACCAAUGCCCAAUCCCCAAAUGUAUUGCUUACAAUGCACAGGCUUGUCAUACAAUGGCAAAUUCCAUGUUCUCAGUAAUCAAGUAGGACUUUUGGACCAAAAUUCAGCUAAAGUUUUCUGUCCAUUAACUGGAUUGUGGAACACGGUAGAGGACAUUUUGGCCUUUUCUAGGGCAAUGCAAGUAGCUGUACUGGUCAUUGAAAAUGAUUGUGUAUACACAAUUGUAGAUUGGGGUGGGAGCUUAAUUAAGACGAGGGAUACUGCCAAGGGAGAAUGGUACAAUGUGGGGAAAGUUCCUUCUGUUUUCCUUCCCGACUACUCACAACCAUUAGAAGUCAUUGGUUAUGGUUUUGCUGGUCUUGGGCAUGAAUUGUAUGUAAUGGGUGGGAGGGUUUUUAAGUGGGAAGACUCGGGAGCUGGGAGAUUUUAUAUUGUAAACCUAGGUUUGGUGAGAGUUUGUGACCCUUCCAAGUCCCCUUUAAAGUGGUGUGAGAAAAGACCAAUGUGUCUGACUGCAUCAGGCUUGAUUGUUGGAUGUGCUUCCCUUAAAGAAAGCUCUGCUUCUUAGUUACGAUAGUCUGGAGAGCUUAGCUCAAGGCCUUGCCAAUGCUCUAUGCAACUUGAUACUUCUUUUGUGUUUCUGUAAAUAUAGUGAAAACAAAUUGAAAUUCUUCAGGAAUCUCUUAACCUGGUUUAGCUCUCCACUCACUGGACAACCUUGGCCAUAUCUUUAGAGGAUUCGGCAUCUUAUCUAAUGCCAAUUGUCUCAUGUACUUUCUUGUUAUCCUUUGCAUUGAAAAAUAAAAAUGGACUUCAGAUUCUUCUUAGUAAAAACAAGUUUGUUGCAUAGACAACCAAAUUUUUGCACCAAGUGACUUUGUCAAGCUAGAUGGAUGUAAAAUAAGUACGUAGAUAUGUGACUGACUUUGGGAUCAUUGAAUCCUUGUCUUGAGGAAAAAAAAAAAAAGAGCCAACUCUUAUCCCACUACGGCCAUGCAAUCCUUGCCACCAGAAAACACAAAAAAGAGAGAAGGCAAAUAAAAGCCCCC